GGGGCCACGCCCUCCGCCAUGUCCCUCGCCAACCCCACGGACUCGCCCCUCUCGAACACGGCGGUGCGCGGGCAGAAGAGAGGGCAGCUCCUCCCGCGACAAAUAUGGCUGCGGCAGUUGUCGAGCCUAGGCUUCCUUCCUCGACGUGAGUCCCUACGUCAGCACCCCGCGUCUGAAAAGGACAGGCGAAAGAGGAGAGCCGUAUACAUGAGCCUGCUCGGACUGCGCGGAGGGAAGAAAAUGGUUGAGAAGCAAGAGGGUUUAAGCAUAGCUCAGCAGGUAGAGAGUCUGGAAGACAAAUUAACCCUUUGCAGGCAAGCCUUGGAAGAGGUGGAUUUUAAGCUAUGCAGAGAAGAACUAACAUCUGCACGAAGAGAGUCAUUGGAGAAAGAGAAAAACCUGCUAGAAACCAAAGCUGAAAUUUAUGAGAAAGAGCUCAAAAUGCUUCGUCAUGAGAAUCGGAAGACUGUAGCGCUCUCAGCUGCCAUCAUACUGUUAGUGUUUAUUAUUUACACCUGCUGGACAAUGUAACAGUUGGGUGCUGAAAUCUGAUGACUUGACGGGGCUGAUUCUACCUCCCUUCCCAGAUUGUGCCAAGGGUGAGACCAGCUUUCCAUACCAAUAUGCUCUGCAACUUUCAGGCCAUCUUAGGGUAGUCCUCACAAAGCACAGCUGAGAGAAGUUAACAGAGGAGAAGAGGCUGGCUUAGUGGGACCCUCCAGCUGAUGGGUAGGGAGUGGGAUUUUGAGGAUAGGGAGUCGCACCUAAUUAUGGAAUAGCCUUCACAGAGAGACUCAGCUGGGGCCACUGUAUGUUUUUUUUUUAAUGGCAGACAAUAUAUAUCUUUAUAGAGGCUUCUAAAACAACUUGUUUGUGUCUUUCAUUAAGUCCUUUUAAUCAUGUUAAAAAUAUUUUUAGUUCAUGGAUUUCUUUGAUGUCAUUGUGUUUUGUGAGCCAGUUGGCUACUUUUAUGGACUGUAUUAAUAAAUAGCAUGAAUUCUAAGAGAAGUUAUUUAUGGUUUUGCCUUCUUUAAAGAAACCUCCUAUCUAGAUGAUGAUGAUUACUUGCAUUUUGAAGUGAAGUAACAAUAUAGGUAAUUUUAAAAUAAAGGUUCUUCCCUUUUCCAAAAAAAGCCUUUUCCCCCCUUCCAUUCUCCCUGGCAGGUCUCUCCUGGCAAUUCCUUAUCUGGAAAGAACGCUUUGUAAUUCUACUUCCUUUCCUGACUUUUAAGUUUUUCACCAUACUAGAGUUAAUUGGCUUGACAUUUUCUUGAUUGCAAGAGUGCCUCAAGUUCAGUACCUGUUAGCAGUACCUAUUAGCACCUCUGUUGUUGAAGAAAGAAGGCAUUCUAAUGCUGUCAAGCUGCUUUGUUUUGCUUUGGAAAUACACUCAUGGCUCCUUUUGUUUUCUGCUUCAAAAAUGUGCUUAAAGCUCACUCCUUUCGUUAUCUACUUUGGAAAUAUAACCAUGGGCCCUCCUUUUGUAUCUGUGAUUGUUACAUCCCUCUGUCCAAAAAAGUUAUAUAAAUCACCUUUGAACUUUGCUAUUUUAAGUAAGAAAAGAGAAAUUCUGUUUUCUUCUUUGCAAGUAAAUCAUCUGUGUGUCUGA